UAUUGUAGUGUGUGUCAACAUUUUCAUCUGGCGUAUAUUCAACUAAAUUAUGCCGUAAAUUCUGUAUAGUGAUGACCUGAAACAGUAUCACAGUAACUCUGAAUUACCGGUAGGAGCUUCAAGUUCAAGUCCAGUGAUGUCUACAAGCGUAGAAACGGCGUAACGUUACGUUACUGUGAGUCUCGCAAGGCGUAAGUUGGACUGAACUUCAACCAUGGUGCGUUCCCUGAUAAUCCAGACGGUCACACCAGGCCCGUGUAGAAUUCUGUACGCCCAGAUAUACGGGAGCGACGCCCAUGGGGACAAGCACGGCCAGACGGGUAGCCUGGCACCGCAGACGUCGGCGCGAGGCCUUCAGAAGGAGCAGGUGGCUGCUGUAGCCCGGCAGGUCCAGUCGGAGUGUUCCUUCCAGCUUCACUGUGCAGCAUCAGACCCUGUGGGAGAGGAGGUCAGGAGACAUCUUUCCCAGGAAGAAGGUGCCAUCGUUCCACAAACAGGCACGUUCCAAAUGCCGCCGGGAGAGCUGUUUGGGUCCAAAACAUUCGCUGUUUGGCAGACCGCUGGGAACUGUGGCUUGUCGCUGGUAUGUGACAGCCACGAGAACCGACAGCAAGCCGCGGCCGCGCUGUCACAGAUCUUCAAACUGCUGAAGCUGCACCUGAGAGUUUUGCACCAGCCUGACGAGGUGCUGCAGAAGCCGGAGAAGGUCGCCGCCAUUCUGCACCACUUCCUGCCCCAGGGACAGCUGCUGUUCCUGAACAGCAGGGCUGUGAGACACAAGGAGAAGGAGCUCGAACUCAUGCUGUCUGGGAAAUGAUAAUGGCAAAUAACUUGGCCAAGUAAAAUGGACUAAUUUUAGCAAUCCUUAGAAUGAUGAAGAAUAAAACUA